CCUUUCCGUUUUGCAUUCUCACCCACCCAUCCCCUCAAAAUUCGCAGCGUGUCCCUCCCUCCCUCCGUCCCUGCGCUCGUCCUCCCCCUCUCUUCCUCGCGUUCCUCCACCCCGGGCGCAAACCCUAACCCUACCGUCGCUCGCCCCGCGGCGCCUGCGAAUGGCGCGCCCCGUGUGAGUGUGUGAGAGAGGGGGAGGAGACCUAGAGCCCGCUACCCGGGGGAGGAGAGAGAGGGAGGGAGAGCGAAGCGAUGUAUAAGCAGGGGGGAGCGGGGGGAGGGGCUGGGCUGGACCGGAAGCGGAUCAGCGACGCGCUAGACAAGCACCUCGAGAAGGCGGUCGCGUCGCCGUCCACGUCGAGGGGGUCGGCGGGCGGCGGCGGCGGGCGCGACCACCACCGCCUCGUUGUGCCGUCCUCCGUCUCGACCAUCCUCAAGGGCCACUGCUCCGAAGGGGAGUCUGAUUCUGAUAGUGAAGCAUCAGAUGUUAGCGGCUCUGACGGAGAAGACACCUCAUGGAUUUCAUGGUACUGCAACCUUAGGGGGAAUGAGUUCUUCUGUGAAGUCGACGAUGAUUAUAUUCAAGACGACUUCAACCUUUGUGGCCUCAGCAGCCAAGUUCCUUAUUAUGAUUAUGCUCUCGAUCUCAUUUUAGAUAUCGAGUCAUCUCAUGGUGAUAUGUUCACCGAGGAACAGAAUGAGCUUGUAGAAUCAGCUGCAGAGAUGCUUUAUGGGCUGAUCCAUGCACGAUACAUUCUUACCAGUAAAGGACUGGCUGCAAUGCUGGAGAAGUAUAAGAACUAUGACUUUGGGCGGUGCCCACGUGUUUACUGCUGCGGUCAACCAUGCCUGCCAGUUGGACAAUCAGAUAUCCAUCGAUCUAGUACCGUGAAGAUAUACUGCCCCAAGUGUGAAGACAUCUACUACCCACGGUCCAAGUACCAAGACAUCGACGGCGCAUACUUUGGGACAACGUUCCCUCAUCUGUUCCUGAUGACAUACGAGCACCUCAAGCCACAGAAGCCCUCGCAGCGCUAUGUUCCUCGUGUCUUUGGCUUCAAGCUCCACAAGCCAUGAGCCUCAUGUAUUUGGCUUUUAAGCACCACAACCACAAGACGUGGCACACUGGGGGGGAAAGACUGGAGUUUUGCAAGGUCAAGGUCCUUGAAGACUACAUAUAAGAGUGCCAUUGGCAGAUCAGCAGAUUGGUGAAAUUCUAUCAUGCUGCAGCGCGCAUGUAACUUAGCUGGCUGGCAAGCGUAUCCAGCAUUUGAAUGUAGCUCUAAGGAUAUCAAUGUUGUUGUAACCUAACUGCAAUUGUUCUUUGAUUAGUAAAGCAGGACCCCCUACAAUGUAGAAUAUGGGCAUUAUUUAUGGCUUUGCAGAAAAUUGUUAUGCUGUCCUCGCAACCCUUUUACCAGCUUGGUUCUCGUAAGAUGAUCUUUGAAUUUUAUAGUUUACAAUUCUA